AAUCGUUCAUCCAUAAGACUUGUUCUGGAACAAUAGCCAUGAUGAGAUAUUGAUAAGUAAUUCAAUAAAACUUUGCAAUUACAAUCCAACAAGUUUUAAGCAGUUUAAAGUCUCCCAAUAAAACAAUUGUUAUGGUUAAUUUCACAAUCUAUAAUCACAACCUUAUUAAACCACUGCGUUUAUUCAACAUGUCGGUUACUGCUAAACAAAACGGUCGAUAUUCAAUUAUGCUUUUUGUAUUGUCUCUUCCAAAUAGUAACAUAUAUUGGAAAACAAUGCACCAGAACGACUGAAUAACCCAAUGUCGCACUCAAUACACGGUCUAGAAAAAUUAAUGGUAAAAUACAUUGUUUGAGAUUUAUCAUAUGUUUAAAUUAUCUAGACGAGAGGUUUGACAAACUUUGGCCUCACUAUAUGAAGUUAUUUCUGGUAUUCUUGGUCCUGUUGAAGAUCAUUAACUGUCGUAUUGGGGAAGAUGUCAGAACUGGAUUCUUCACGGGAAAUGGGGAGAGAAAUGCGUUCUUCAUACGUGCUUUCAGGAAACCAUCUACACUGGUCGGUCAAGAGGACUACGUUCCUGGUGAAGAAAUUUUUACAAUUAAAAUCAAUGAUGCAGACACAGAAGAGGCAGUGAAUUCAACGGAGUCCUCCACUUUGAAGACAUCCAAAGCGACGUCUACAAAAGACCUAAAAAAUCACCAAGAGAAAUCGCUUAAGAAGUCACGUUUAUUUGAAAAAGCAUUUCAUGAUUCAGGAAGCUGCAAAACUAUUGGAGAGGCGUUCAUUUGUCCCUACUGUAACAUUGAGUUUCUCGUGAAUCUCACUUUCGAAAAGCAUGAUUUUCUUCCUAUCCAUCUUAAAAGUCCUAAAUAAAUAGAUGAUGUACGAUCUCUGGACAAACUAUCGAAUUAUAACACAUUCGCCUAUCCAUUAAUAAAUAGAUAAAAAC